GAAUAAAAAUCAGCCUUUUUCAAUACACACUUCUUUAAUAAAAUGCCACGGCUUGAGUCCUACUUCUUUACUUCAGGUCCUUACGCCGGUCAGCAGCCGCUCCCCUAUAAGGUAGGCCGCGCCCUGACCUCCUUUGGACCUUGUUUUUCUCUCUUUGCACACUUUGUUUGAGGGCCUCCCCAGUCUUUUUUCUUUACUGCUUCUCUGAACGAACGCCGUUCUUUUCAAUAUGACGCAGGACGAGCCCGCCUUCAACCGACUUCGCAUUACCUCUCCGCCUCAGAAUGCCUCCACGUCAUUGCGAUUAACUGAUCCCACCACCCCCACCAGCUCAUUGGGCUUUCUUAAGCGAUCCAUGGAAAAUUCAAAGUCCAAAGCGUAUACGGCGUUAUCCUAUUCGUCGACGUUGGAUUCCAUGGCCGCCACGACAACCGCCGCGGCUUCCUCUUUUGCUCAGCCAAGACGAGCUCGUGCGGGGACUAUGCCGUCUCAGUCAUCCAUCUCUCCAUACGCACCUAUAGGACCUCCUCCUUCCUUCAAUGAAUCACUCUCCAACUCUUCUUCUUUCACCACCUCAUCUUUGCUGUCUGAGCAAACCUUGGCAUCGCGUCAUCGCUCAGGGUCGCUUACACUGCCCAAGCCUUCUUUAUCGUCUUCGUCUGCCUUUGGUAACCCUAUCUUUAGUACGUCUUGGUCAGAUCAUAGUAGAGCUUUAGCCUAUGGAAAUGCCCCUUUGACCCCUACUACCGAUCAAAUGUUACGUGAAGAUAAUUCCGAUUCCAUAGUCCGAACUCUCAUGUCAUUGGGGUUGGACGAUGACGAUCGUAAAAAUACCUCUGCAACGCAAGUUGAGCUAUCUUCGCAGGCGAACUCCAGCUCAACCACCAACCAUGACCUAAGGUUACCUGUGGAGCUACCUCCUAAGCCCAUCAUGAAUAGCAAUCGCUAUCGCUCUUAUUCGGUCAAUGCUACCGAUAAGUACGAAGAUCCUCUACUACAAGAUUCCGUUCAUCUUAUGUCGGAACAUACCGUGCAGUAUUUCCCUACUUCACAAAACAGAACCAGAGCCGUGAGCUUGGGAAUGGCCGAUUUUGCUGCCAAUGAUGCUUACCUUUCCCGCCAGCAGGCUUCCACUCUACGCCAUGACGCUUUGACGUUGGACGAGGAAGACCUCGAGGAUUUUCAAGGCAAUAGCAACCUUCAAAUUUCACUUGGGGAUGCUGAUUUGUUGAGUCGUAUGAUGAAUAAUGGCCAAGAUACGGCUUCGGAAACUGAGGAGAAUUACACCUAUGGUUCCAGCUAUGGAUCUCAGUUACUGCCAUCCCAAGCUCAAGCCAAUGCCCAAACCCCUACACGAUCACUUUGGAUUGGUAAUAUCGAUUCUUCCAUCUCCGAGGAGGACUUGCAGCGACUCUUCUCUCCGUUCGGUCCUAUUGAAAGCUUAAGGCUUUUGGUUGACAAAGAGUGUGCCUUUAUCAACUUUUCUAAUGUGGAAGACGCUGUUCGUGCCAAAGAUGAGGUUUUGGGCAGAUUGAAUGGCCGUGUGGGUCAAUGUGUGGUGCGAGUCGGCUUUGGAAAAAUCGAAGCAGGCAUUGCUGACCCUAGCGUACUUCAACCCACCAGAGCAUUAUGGAUUGGAAGUCUCCCUCCCAAUACCACAUCAGCCAAACUACAUAGUUUGUUUAGCCCAUUCGGUAACAUCGAAUCGGCGCGUGUUCUCACUCACAAGAAUUGUGGGUUCAUCAACUUUGAUACCGUAGAAAGCGCUAUGGCUGCCAAGAAGGCUUUGCAGCACAAGGAAGUCUUGGGCUCCGGCACAGGCGCUGUCCGCAUUGGCUUUGCCAAAGCUACCACGCAGAAAGCCAUGGAAGAGGCAUCAUCUGUCUCCCCUCCCGGUGGCCAAGCCUCGGUUGCUUCGUCGUCCAAGCAAGAGCGAACCAUAGAUACUGUUAGAGAAAACCCUGAAUCUGGUUCCCAUGCCAAGUCUUCCUCACCGGAAACAAUGGAGCCUUCCAACCUGUCUAAAAUCAUGGCUAUCAUGACUGAGUUUGGCAUGGAUUCAGAUGAUGGUCCCGUUUUCAAAAUAGAAAAUCGAACUGUAUGCAAAUAUCGUACCUCUAUACCACCUAUUACCGAAGCCAACCCCAGUCGAAAGCUGGAUGCUCCUAGACUACGCGAGCUUCGAAAGAAGUUGGAUAAUUCUCAUACCAGUGCAAAGGAGGUGCAAGCUAUCGCUGAGGAAUGUAUGGAUGACAUUGUUGAAUUAAGCAGUGACUACAUCGGUAAUACCAUUGUACAAAAACUUUUCGAACGUUGCUCAGAGGCCACCAAGGUUGAGAUGUUGAAACCCAUUGCCCCUCAUUUGGCUACUAUCGGCGUCCAUAAAAAUGGAACGUGGGCGGCACAGAAAAUCAUUGACACGGCCAGUACGGACGAACAAAUGCAGAUCAUCUGUGGACAUAUCCAACCUUUUGUACCGCCUUUGAUGUUGGACCAGUUUGGCAAUUAUGUGGUUCAAUGCUGCUUGCGGCUUGGUCCCAUCCAUAAUCAAUUCAUUUUUGAUGCUAUUGUCGAUAAGACUCGAGAGAUUGCUCAAGGGCGAUUUGGAGCCAGAGCGAUUCGGGCUAGUCUCGAAAGCGCUCAUAUCUCUAUGCGUCAAAAGAAAUAUGCAGCUUCUGCCAUUGUGGCCAAUGCUUUCUCUCUGGGAGGGAACCCCAAUGGGGCUCUAUUGAUGACGUGGUUGCUGGAUACGUCGGGCUUGCCCAGACGCUAUAACAUUCUUGCUCCUCGCAUUGCUCCGUACAUGAGUGCCAUGUGCACGAGUAAACUGUCAUCGGCUGCCGUCCUAAAGGUGAUCAACCAGCGGCAAGAAAUUGAAGCUCAGCUUGUGCUCCUCAAUACGCUUGCCAAUGAUGAUCAUGAUCAAGUGCUUCGAGAUAUAUUAGCAGAUUCAAGCUUAGGCAUGAACAUGAUUCACAAGAUUUUGAGCAGUACUACGGUGGAGAGCAAGCCAAAACGAUAUCUAGCGGAGAAAGUCAAGCAGAUUUUGGCGCUGCAGACACCCCCCACAUCGAAUGGUGGACAAGCGUAUAAACGACUGUGGGAUGAAGUGGAUAACCUUUUGAAUGAGAACACAUCGCCUCGGUAUAGUCCAACCAAUAACCGCAACUACACAACAGACUCGCCGAUCGUGGCACCAAGUGGACCGCCACCACAACAGUAUAUAAAUGCAGCCGCCUAUGGAUCUCCGCCGUACCCACCGUCCACGCCAUCGAUUCCUCUCUAUUCUUACCCUAUGGCCAACAACGUGUACCCCCCUGGCAUGCAAGUGAUGCCUCCAUAUGGCUAUUACCCAGGCAUGGCACAACAUCAUCUUGUCCACGGACGAUCCGAUGGCAUGUACGACGAAAGCGGCGGUGGUCCAUAGAGUAGAAAUCCAAAAGGAUCCAAAGAUUUAUCUUGAUCUUUCCAACGACAGAGAGGGGCCA